AUGUCAACAUACAAACUCUAUUAUUUCAACGCUCGUGGCCGUGCUGAAAUUUCUCGUUUAAUAUUUGCAGCUGUCGGUCAGAAAUUUGAAGACGUUCGUUAUGCAUUCCGUGACUGGCCAGCACAUAAAGCCGAAACACCACUGGGUCAAAUACCUGUUCUUGAAUUCAACGGUAUUAAAAUAAUUCAAUCAACCAGCAUCGCGCGUUUUCUUGCUAAACAAUUCCAUUUAGCUGGAAGAGAUAAUGCCGAACAAGCGAAAGUCGAAGCCGUUGCUGAUACAAUCAAUGAUGUUGUCUCAUUGAUUAUGUCCAUUCGUGGAGAACAAAAUGAAAACAAAAAACAAGAACUACUGCAAAAAUUUAGCAACGCGUUGCCGCAACAUGUAAGAAAUCUGGACGUGUUGGCUAAAAUGUAUAGUAAUGGUGGUUAUUUCUUUGUUGAUAAUCAAUUCACAUGGGCGGAUUUGUUCUUUUAUGAUCUUGGAGAAACAAUUCUUCAAUGCGAUCCAAAUGGUCUGCAGAAUCAUCCUUGGCUACAACGAAAUCGUACACAAAUGCGACACACUUUUGUUAUUGUUUCUCUUUCUCUGUUAAUUCUUCAUUGUUACGGCUCUGCCAACGUUCAUGUGUCGGAUAGGUUGAUUGUCGACGAUUCAGGUCGUGUCAGAUUGUAUCAUGGUGCCAAUUUUGUUAUGAAAGGGCCUCCAUGGUAUCCCCCUGAAUUACUUGAUCCUGUCAAGGUAGCCAAUCUUUCGCAGUUGGGUGUGAAUUUUAUUCGACUAGGAAUGAUGUGGGCAGGAGUGGAGCCUCAACCGCAACAGUACAAUGUCACUUAUCUAAAUGUGAUGAAACAAAUCAUGGAAUUACUUCGUUCAUAUGAUAUCGUUGUUUUGCUGGAUAUGCAUCAAGACUUAUUAUCAAGUCGAACGGGAAGUUACGACGGAAUACCCGCUUGGUUAUACGAUCGAUUUCCUCCACCGAAACAUCCAUAUCCUUGGCCAUUCAAAUCGACUGUUGGUAUGAACUGGUUUGAUAUUUAUCUAACCGAAGCUUGUUCACAUGGUUUUCAAUGUUUAUACGACAAUGUAGCCGGUGCUGUUGAAUCAAUGAGUAAUUUCUGGCGACAAGUAGCGAGUACAUACAAAGAUCAGCCUAAUUUAAUCGGGUAUGAAAUUAUUAACGAACCAUGGGCUGGAAAUUAUUUUACAAAUCCAACUUUAUUUCUGCCGGGUAUUGCUGGAGCUACAAAUCUGCAACCAUUGUAUGAAAAAAUAGCUAAAGCCAUUCGUUCUGUUGACAAUGACACACUUAUUUUCUACGAACCGGUUACAUGGGGUGUUCGACUAAAUGGUAAAUAUUUUGGUACUGGUUUUACACAUGUACCGGGCGGUGAUGACUAUCUUAUACCUGUACCUGGCAACGAAACAAUUCCUGUUUUCGAUCGGCUUCUUUGUGAUGAUGUCGAAGGACCUGCGUUAUUCCGUUCAGUUCAAACUGAUCUUCAGCAACUAGGUGGUUCCGCUUUUCUAACUGAAUUCGGCGGUUGUGAUGGUUCACAGACAUGCGAUGAACAACUCGAUUGGGGCCUCGAUGCCGCAGAUCAAUUUCUGCAAUCAUGGGCUUUCUGGGGUGACAUUUUCGGUCAUACAUCAGCAACUCAACGUAUAUCACGUGUCUAUGCACGUGCUAUUGCUGGCACACCGGUCAGCAUGCAAUACAUCGCCAAAGAACGUUUGUUCUAUCUGGCGUAUUACGUUGAUCUAACAAUGAGACAACCAACCGAAAUUUUCAUUCCUCCAUUACAAUUUCCUUCGCAAAGUUACAAUCUAACAGUGAAUGCUGUCUUAAAAUGGUCUGUUGAUCCGACAAAUACAAAUAUUAUUCUUGUAGAACCAAAUACAAAAUAUGUAAAAAGAACAGAUCCGCCUGUGAUCGGUGUUGUAGAUAUUCGUCCGAAAGCUUAA